AACAUCAGCAGAUGUUGAAAUGUGGUAACUGCCCUCCCACCCUCACAACAGAGGAGACAAACAGCUGUGAAGUUGUUUUGCUGCUCUGAAAACAGAUAUUCUUCAAGUCGUGUAUCGAUCUGGGAACCAUGGAGAAACUGACGGGGUUUUUGCUGCUGUUGGCAACGCUGAACUUCGCUCUAGCCCGGGACAUCCCGACAUACUUCAGGGAUGGCGGGGAGCUAACGUUGGAUCUGAGGCCUCGUCCUCCUGAACCUCUCACCAGCAUCGUGUGGAGGAUUAACGGUGACCUGUUGGCUGAGUGGAUCAAAGAUCAAGUCACAGCUCAAGAGUUAGUCCCUUUGACUUAUUACAGAUCCUUUAGAGGACGCACAACCCUGGAUGUAACCACUGGACGUUUGGUAAUCAACAACAUGGCUAAAGCUGACAUGGGGGUGUAUUCAGUGGAAGUCAACAACAAGGUCCAGAAUGAGAAAUAUAACGCUGUAUGGAUCCAAGAAGUCCCCCAGCCUGAGGUAUGGAUCAGACCGUUGACCUGUUCCCCUGAUUCGGACAGUUGUACGCUGAGCUGUGACGGGAACAUCACAGACGCUGGACCGGUCACCUACAGCUGGAAGAUGGGAGACGGAGAGUGGAAGGAGUCGGUAAAGGACUUGGACAUCACCAAGAGUGGGACAUCAGAUGUGAAGACCUUCACCUGCAGGAUACAGAACCCAGUCAGCGUGAGAGACAGUGAACCCAAAGAUAACCCGCUCUUAGAGAAGGAGCCAGGAAGCUCUGGAGUUGGGUGGGUUGUGGGUGGCGUCUUUGGGGCCAUCAUCGUUGCUGGGGCUGUGGUUGUGGGAGCUGCGUAUCUGUAUAACAAGAAACGCUCCAGGAUUCGACGUGAACGGCCAUUGUUUAGAACAAACAACAACCACAAGUUCGACGAGGCAAAACCACUUCUACUAAAACUGCCGUGAGCGGCCAUUUUAACCGCCAGAUUCCAAACUCCUAUAAUCUCUCAUGAUAAAUACCUAAUUGCGAUAUAGUAUUAUGUAUUGUGUUAGGAUAUCUUAAGAAAAACGUAAUAACCCCGUAAUACCGUAAUAAUUUAUGGUUAAGCUUUUAUGACAAAGUAAAAAGAUUCAAUCAACAUUCAUUUUUAAAUUAUGUUUGAGAUGAACAAGUUUUAAUGUGGUAAUAUGGUGUUUUUGUUUUUUAAAUAAUUAAACCACAUAAACCUAUUCUGAUAUAACCUCUAAAUAUCAGUCCUUCCA